CAGGACCGAGGAGGAAUCACAGCAGCCCCGGCUGGGACUGCCAUACCCGACCCGCUGGAUCCCCGGAGGAACAGAGAGAACACGUCGCCCAAGGGAGAGGAGCUCUGUUCAGGCUGUAGGAUGUUCUCGUCAGUGAAGGCCUUCGAGGGGCAGCAAUACUCCACCCUGAAGAGGCAAUGCCUUGCCAGUGGCCUUCUGUUUGAAGACCCACACUUCCCCGCCUUGGACGACACCCUCUUCUACCAGGGCAACAGGAUUGGACGCGUGCACUGGAAAAGACCCCAGGAGCUCUCUGAGGACCCUCACCUGUUUGUGGAUGGGAUCAGUGCGCACGACCUGCACCAGGGCCAGCUGGGAAACUGCUGGUUUGUGGCAGCGUGCUCCAGCCUGGCCUCCAGAGAGUCCCUGUGGUCUAAAGUCAUCCCAGACUGGAAAGAGCAGGAGUGGGACACGGAGACACCCGAGUCGUACGCCGGGAUCUUCCACUUCCGCUUCUGGCGCUUCGGGGAGUGGGUGGAUGUGGUGAUCGACGACCGGCUCCCCACGGUGGACAACCAGCUGGUCUACUGCCACUCGGAUGACAGCAACGAGUUCUGGAGCGCACUGGUGGAGAAGGCCUAUGCCAAAGUGUACGGCUGCUACGAGGCCCUGGAUGGCGGGAACACGGCGGAUGCCCUGGUGGACUUCACAGGGGGCGUGUCGGAGCCCAUGGACCUGCUGGAGGGCCAGAUGGCCGCCGACGAGGUGGCCCGCAACCAGCUGUUUGAGAGGGUGCUGAAGGUCCACAACCGGGAUGGCCUCAUCAGCUGCUCUAUCCGGGCGACCACAGUGGAGGACAUGGAGGCACGGCUAGACUGUGGCCUGGUCAAGGGCCACGCAUACGCAGUUACGGACGUGAAGAAGGUGCGUCUGGGCCAGGGCCUGCUGGCAUUCUUCAAGUCAGAGAAGCUCAAUAUGAUCCGCAUGAGGAACCCCUGGGGAGAGAAGGAGUGGAGCGGGCCCUGGAGCGACAGCUCAGAGGAGUGGAAGAAGGUGAGCAAGAGUGAGAGAGAGAAGCUGGGCGUCACCGUGCAGGAUGACGGAGAAUUCUGGAUGACGUUUGAUGACUUCUGCCAGUACUUCACAGACCUGAUCCUGUGCCGCCUCAUCAACACCUCUUAUCUGAGCAUCCACAAAACAUGGGAGGAGGAAGUGAUGAGGGGCUCCUGGGUCCCCCGCCAAGACCCUCUGAGGAACCGCUCUGGGGGAUGCAUCAACCACAAGGCCACCUUCCUCCAGAACCCACAGUAUGUGUUUGAUGUGAAUAAGGUAGAGGAUGAGGUGUUAAUCGCCCUGCAGCAGAAGGAGAGAAGAGCCACCACCAAAGAGGGCAAAGGAGAUAACCUGGCCAUAGGCUUCGACAUUCACCGGGUGGAGCUGAACAGAAAGUACCGCAUGCACACGGCCCAGCAGAAGGUGGCGGGCUCCAUCUACAUCAACUCGCGCUGCGUCUUCCUCAGGAAGGAGCUCAAGGAGGGUCGCUACGUCAUCAUCCCCACGACUUUUGACCCCGGGCAGCAGGGCGACUUCCUGUUGCGGGUUUUCACCGACGUGCCUUCAGACUGCAAAGAGUUGAACCUAGAUGAGCCCCCACAGACGUGUUGGACGGGCAUGUGUGGUUACCCCCAGCUGGUCACCCAGGUCCACGUGAGUGCUGAGGGACUCCAGGGCCAGGACUCUAAUGGAGCCUCGGACCCGUACGUCAUCAUCACCUGUGAGGGAGAGAGAGUGCGCUCGCCGGUGCACAAGGACACGCGGAGCCCCAACUUCGAUGUCAAAGGCCUGUUCUACCGCAAGAAGCCCAAGGAAGGCAUCCACAUUGAGAUCUACAAUAAGAACGUAAUUGUGGAUACCUUCCUGGGUCAGGUGACCCUGUCCAGUGACCCAAACGACCGGCAGGAGCAGCACACACUCCACCUGCGCGACAAGGGCAAUCGCCAAGACAACGACCUCCCGGGCACGGUCACCGUGCGCCUCAUCACCUGCAUCACACUCAUCAACAUAUGACGUCACAACCACCGCCGUCGCCGCUCUGGCCAUGAGAUGUCGAAGGAGCUUGACCUUUGUCAUCUUGACGACCUUUCGCCCCCCCUAAACCCGAGCAUGUCAGUUAAACGGUUAACCCCCCCCACCCCUGCUCCACCCAACCCAACACAUACACACAGCUUUCUUUCUGACUCUUUCUCUCACUCUCACUGUUACACACAUACACACAGCUUUCUUUCUGACUCUCACUCUCACUGUUACACACAUACACACAGCUUUCUUUCUGACUCUGACUCUCACUGUUACACACAAACACACAGGCCAUGUCUGAGUUCCAAAUAGUAGGCUGAUUGGGUAUGCGAAAAUAUAAAGUUUUAUAGUAUGUGAAAUAUUGAACAUUUUGUUUGCUUUAAAUGCCAGGAUGUCAUACUCAUUUAAUCUUUCCAUCUAGUAGAAUUCACUGCACACUAUUGAGGAAGAGAAGUGGCUUUUCAGACCCACGUAGGUGUGACAACAGCCGAUAAACCGCUGAUAAUCAUCUACCAAAAUGAAAGAAUGGUGGGAAACAAAGCAAUUGUGCGUUAGAUGUCACAUUCUCAGUGAGGGUGAGCCUGGGAUGUUGUUUUUUAAGCUUACUGCCUACAUAUACUAAACAGUACAUUCUAAAUAGUAUGAAAUAUGACUAGUACACAGUAUGUAUAUCGUUUUAGUAAGUAGUAGGCAAGACUACUCUCUCUACAUGCCUUCAACUCUCACACACACACACACACACACACUUUUAACAUGCUCCUGCACCCCUCAUGCAUCUGCCAGCGUCUCUAAGGGCUAUACAUCGCCUUAAGGCUGAGUGGGUCCCUUUAGGAGCCUGUGACCAGCCAUAUGUCGGGUGGGAGGGGGGUCAUUGUAUUGGGUGGUACACUGGGUGUAGCCUUGCCUCCUCCCCCCUCCAUCACAUCUUUCCCCUCCCAUCCCCUCAGAAUACCCUUCCCUUCUACAGGUUGCCAUGGACAAAAUAGAGUUUAGCACGGCAAAAAGAUUCUGCCUGCAUUGCACACGCCCCAUUCCCCGUUUACACACAAAUGUUUUAUUUAAUUUACCUCUAUUUAACAUCACACUCUUAGCUUAGCAACCGGCGCUUUUGAUAUGCUCCAGUGGAGUGCCAUGUUCAAGUGCUUAACGGGACCAAAGACGGACCAGGCCCUCCCUCCCUCUCUCUUUUGCCGGCGGCAGUUGCCACCGUGCCACGUCAGUCGGUCAUCUCUAUGGCAACGCCACUGCCUGACGCUUCCUAAGUCAUGGGACUCCUGUCAAUUGACCUGAAUCGUGUGAACUGAGAGACACAGCAGCUGUUGUCCCUGUGUGUGUGUGUGUGUGUGUGUGUGUGUGUGCAUUCGUACGUGUUAUGCCUGCGCCUUUGAACAUCAUGCACCUCGCCUGGCUCUGACAGGCUCACGGACACGGCUGGAUGGAUGAGCGGAAGAAGAGAGGGAAGAGGCAGGAAAUCCAUCAGCCGACUCCUGCCAAAAACAGCCUUGUUCCUGGCUCUGACUCUGUUGUGACUCGCUAUUCCCGACCGGAACACAGUUUGGAUUAGCAUCAUUUUAAACUAUUUGAAAUGGUAGUGUGAAAAGAGGGUUUUUGUCUGGCCAAGACAGAGACUAUCACAUCAUUCAGAAGCAUCACUGUUACAGUCCCCAAAACCGUUAGCAUCUCUUCUCACGAAGAUGAUGUUGCGCUUUCUCUUUUGACCUGCUUUCCGCAGGCUAUUUCUAUUACUACUACUAUUCUCUGACAGUGGCAAGCGUCGGAGAAAGAAGAUAUACAAGGAGAUUCAAGCCCCAAACGGUAUAUUGUCUAUUAUCUUUUCAAAAGUGCAAUAUGAUUGCAGAGACUUUUCUAGAGCAGGAUCUGACGUGGGAUCCCACGUACGUUAAGAAUCAUUCCAGAGACAUUGUUGUUUUGAAUGUAACGCGGAGAGCUUUCGACCGACCGAUCUCUCUCUUUCUCUUUCUCGAACCAUCAAUCCCUUUGACUUGUUUAUGUGCUUGUUUCAACGCCUUUUCUUUUUUUGCAUUACUCGAACAACAACGGCAUUUAUUGCAUUUUAUUUAUUUAUUGCAUUAUCACAGUUUAUAUAUUUAUUAAUGCAUUUAUUGAAUUAAUGUGUCUCGCAUAGAUCAUUUUUAAUGAUAUGUACAUGGCCUUGUAUUGUUCUUCCAUUGUUACUAUUUUAUAUUUUCUUUCCAUGUUCAGUGUGGGAAACAAAUGGUCGUGUUUAAGAAUCAGCAUGUUUACACUAUUGCACCUCAUAUCAAUGUCAUAUCAAGAUGUUUAAAAGGGUCACUUUUUAAGGUACUGAUCAGUGACAUCCACCAUUCAUAACAAUAUGUUUACUAUUUACUGUCAUUCGUUGCUUCAAAUGACGAAAAUGCCAUUCAAGUGUGACACAUGUAUUUCCUUCUAUGGUGUUCAGCUGCAGACUAAGACAUAGACUAAACUGGUUGCUAAAAAAACUCUGAAAGGGAUAGUUAUUGCUAAAUCUAUUUUUGUGUCGAAUUACUCCUACUUUGAGUUGUGUCUGAAGGCCCAUAGCGACAGAAUCUGCCAGUAGCAUAAUUAGAAUCGUCCAAAUUCAUUCAUAAAAAGCGGUGCCGAUAUUGGCAGAGCUGCUUUGCAAGCCGAAACUUCAAACUGUCUUGUUAUAAGGCAAUAUGUUAUACAAGUAACAUAUCGUAACAAAAAAUAGAAACAAAAAUUGGACAAACAAUUUAGUAAACUGAAAUAAAAUCAUUCAGAAAAACAUUUUUAAACUACAUGACCAACAGUAUGUGGAUACCCGCUCGUUGAACCUUCCAAAUCAUGGACAUUAAUAUGGAGUUGGUGCCCCUUUGCUGCUAUAACAGCCUCCACUCUUCUGGGAAGGCUUCCCACUAGAUGUUGGAACUUUGCUGGGGGGACUUGCUUCCAUUCAGCCACAAGAGCAUUAGUGAGGUCGGGCACUGAUGUCGGGCGAUCAGGCCUGGCUCGCAGUCGGUGUUUCAAUUCAAUGUGGUUGAGGUCAGGGUUCUGUGCCACUCAAGUUUUUCCACACCGAUCUCGACAAACCCUUUCUAUAUGGACCUCGCUUUGUGCACACGGGCGUUGUCAUGCUGGAACAGGAAAGGGGGUUCCUCAAACUGUUGCCACAAAAUUGUAAGCACAGAAUCGUCUAGAAUGUCAUUGCAUGACAUAAGUUUACAGUUGGCACUAUGCAUCCGGUCAGGUAGCGUUCUACUGGCAUCCGUCAAACCUGUAGCUAACGGAAGAAAUCCGAGCGCGAAUGUGAACCAGGCGUGAACAAUGGCUGCAUCGGUUGUUUUGAGUACAUUGCUAGAAGGGACAAAAGAAAAUGUUUUGGCGUGUCAGAAGAUGGCAGCAACCAACCACCUGAUCCCAAAUGUAAAACCUGGCGCUGCCAGAGUAAACAGGUGGAUUGCUUUGCAAAUGGAUACAGCAACCCAGAAAGUUAAGGAGAUUCUGAAAGAGGCAUGACAAAAUGACCGUGUGUAAACGGAUGGAGCAAGAAAGAAAUGACUACUUAAUUUAUGGGUAUAUCAGCCUGUUUCUAUCAUCCCUCCUCCAACAAGGCACAGCAUGCGUUGCUCCAACCUCCAUCGGAUUUAGCAUCCAUACACAGGAGAGGUAAUUGACUGCAAGUGACAUACCAGAAAAUAUAAAAAUAUGUGCCAAAAUGGCCGGGAGGAAAAGACCAUUGUACUGCAGUGUACUGUUGGUUCAGGUUCUGCAGUAGAUUAGCUUUGUUUGCCACUCUUGUGGACAUACAAUAACUAGUUAAACAUUGUGGCCAUUGUCAAGCCUUUCUCCUUCCAAUAUGCUUUUUGUGUGUCUUUGUCAAACACGCCUGCUGGUUGAGAUCUCAUUGCGUUAACAUUGCACGUUCUUGUCAUUUGCCAGAAGCAUCACUUACUCAAGGUGCGAUUGGUUUACCCUUGGUGAGCGGAGUGUCAAUUCGGUGAUCAGAUUUUUUUCUGGCUCUGUGUAUAUUUUUCUGAUAGCAAAUGUUUGAAGGACACAAAACGCAUAAGAAUGUUCAGAACUUUGGCCAGUUUUAUAUCAAACCAAUAACACCAAUGCAUGAAGCAAAUUACUUCAAAUCAGCUUGCACAGUUUGAUUUUCAAAGAUCUUAUAUUUUUUAUUCAAAGUGUUGUAAACAGUGUUAGUACUUUCAUAUAUUGAAGGCUUCUGUUGCAUACUUGCAUGUAUUUGACAGAUUCUGAACAUUUGAAGUCAGCAUCCCAAACAGUAUGUAUAUGAAUAGUGGCAGCAGCCAAAGCGUUUGUCCACUACUGCAGGACUCCUAUUGUGACAAAUGUAGAUGUAUGGCGACGCACAAGGAAGUAGCACAAGGUCCCUCGUGGGCCGCGAACCCCAGUCGCCUGAUCGUGACCCCCCGAUCCCAAUAAGGAUAUCCCCACUGGAAGAGAUUGUUAGGCACCUUUCAAGGAUAGGAUCGUUACACUCUUCAUCAUUACCCCCUCCGUUUACAGGACUCACCUUCGAAAGCCACGAUCACUAUCCCACUUCUGACGUCCAGUGUGAUAAAUGUGGAAGUUGUGCUAAGUCUGUAGUGGGCUGUGAACACCAGUUGCCUAGCCUAAAGAUGAACACCCUAUCCACAAUUACAAUAGGGCUAUCCCAGUUGGGAGGGAUUGUACUGUGCUUAUCAAGUCCAGGGUCAUUACAAUAUAUUCUUUGCAAUUCAGACGCAAGAGCAUAUAAUAGUUGAGAGACAUUUUAAAGCAAGAAUACUUGUCAGAUACUUAUCCAGUUAAAUUUGAAAGCAAAAAAAAUUGUUAGAGAUGGACAACAUAAAAAAUGUGAGGAAUAACGAAAAUAAUUGAUUGCAGAGAGUGUUUGUAUUGUGUUUACGAUUUAUUUGGAUGAUGUGUUUUAUUAAAGCCUGUGUAAUGGCCAAACAGUACUUUCUAUGUUUCAGUUGAACACAGACAUCACCAUGGUGCAAUGAUUUACCUAUGUUAGCUCAUUUAGCCUCGGAGCUACCUGGAGUUUGUUAGCCUGCGUACCGCUGCAUGUGAACUUUAAAGGACAUUGGUCAUGAAACGUCAUACAUGUUUAUGCUAGGUGUUACGUCAUCUUUACAAUAGCAUUAUGUAGAUUAUAUGACAUUGCUCACUCAAAUUUGCCAAGUCUUUGAGACACCUUCUGUGGUGGCCAUGUUUUCAAAAAUGGAGUUUGAUACGUUCGACGAAGGAGCUUGUGAUUCUCUUGUACUUUUCUGCGGAUGUUUAUUAACUCGAGGCUGGAAUAUACUGCAUGGUGACACUUAUAGAAGAUACUAAGGUCUUUAUAACGAGUAGCCUAUCUUAUCAAUAUUUUAUACUCUUGUUAAUUUUAUAUAUCCAAUUAACCUUGUGUUCUCUACGCUUAACACUGAUAUGUUUACUGAUGGCUAGAUAUCAGAAGGCUGUAUCUUAUGUACUGUAUGCUUAUCUGAGUGUUCUUACGUUGUCUUUUUUGUUACCGUGCAUGUUUGUUUGAUUUCAUUAUCGGUUACACUGUGGUUAUUUUAUAGUUAUGAUCUGGAAAUCAUUUAUUUUACUUUUGUAUUUUAUGUCAACUUGUGGCAUGACUUUCAAAUAAAACAUUAAACCUGA